GCCCCCGUGUUGUCACCUUCAGGAACGGGAACACAAAACUACAACAAACACCAACAAUUUUUCCCGCGCAAGGAACAUCAUGGCGGGGAUGUCAGUGAUAGCCAAGAACAGCCUGCAGUACUAUGUGGUGGACAGCAAUGAAGCCCUUGAGUUCAAACUGGUGCGGAAACCUGAUGAUUUGGAGAAUGAAGACACCACCUUCAAGCCAGAUAUGUCCCACCAGGUGUUUGGAGACAGUGAGCAGAUCUUCGGAUACAGUGGAUUACACAUCAAGCUGUACUACUCUGCAGCUCGUCUCACUACCUACCUCACCCACACCUACACUGACAAGGUCCACCCAGAGAAGUUUGAGGGAAUCAAGCCUGAUGAGGUGAUCAAACCAGUUGCUGAGAAGAUCCCACCUGGUUACAUCACCAACCUGGAUGACUUCCUGGCCGCCUUACAGAAGGACGCCUCCUUUGUACCUUUUGGAGACUUGGAGAGGAGAUUCACUGCCAGGACGGCAGAGGAGGGCAAGGAGCGUACCUUUGAGGUGUACCGCUGCAGUGUCUCCACGCCCGGUUUCCUGCCCUACCAUGAGAACUUCCAGACCUUCAUCCUGUGGUACAUUGAUGCUGCUUCAUACAUUGACGUGGACGAUGACAAGUGGAGGUUCUUUGUCACUUAUGAGAAGUACGAGGUGGAUGGGCGGCAGCAGUAUGCUUUCACUGGCUACACAACUGUAUAUGAGUACUAUGCCUACCCUGCCAAUGUGAGGCCACGAAUAUCCCAGAUGCUGGUGUUGCCUCCCUUCCAACGGAUGGGACUUGGAGCCGAGAUGUUGAACACCAUAUACUCCAACUACCAGAGUGACUCCAGGGUGCUGGACAUCACAGUGGAGGAUCCAUCAGAAAACUUUGCUCGCUUGAGGGACUUUGUGGAUGCCAAGAACUGCCUCACCCUGGACAGCUUCAGCAAGACCAAACUGACUGAGGGAUUUUGUGAAGCCAUGGUGACAGAAGCAAGAAAGAAACUUAAACUAAACAAGCGCCAGGUAAGGAAAAUCUAUGAAAUUUUGCGUCUGCACUUCACCAACCGAGCUGACGAGAAAGCUUACCGGCAAUACCGACUGGAGGUGAAGAACAGACUCAAUGUGCAGUACAAGAAAGAAGAUAGAGACAUGGAGAAGCUGAAAAAGAUCUUGAAACCUGAAGAAUUCACUGCCACCAUGAGCAUUACAAGCCGGGAGCAGCGCCUGGAGAGCUUGGAGCGACAGUACUCUGAGCUGGAGGAACAUUACCUCAAAGUCCUGGAGAGACUGGCCCUCUCCUGACCCCCUCUUGUUUCUCCUUAUCAUCCACCUCUGACUGCUUAAAUUUUUCCCUUUCCACUCUGUUGUUUGGCUUAGCUCUGUUCCUCUCUGUAUUGAAGUUAGAGAAUGGUAAUUUUGUAAAAUUGUGUCAUCUGAAAUUAAAUGUUUUGUAUACA